AUGGCACCACACAUUCUCGACUUUAAGUGCGUCAUCAUCACCGGUGGUGGUGGAGGUCUGGGCUUCAAGAUGGCCGAGUACUUCCAGGGCAAGGGCAAGAAGGUCAUCCUUGUAGGUCGAACCGAGUCCAACUUGAAGGAGGCCUCGGAGAAGCUCAAAGGCGCACCUUACUAUGUGCUUGACACUGGAAAGGUCGAGGAUGUUCCUGCUUUCAAGGACAAGGUGAUCAAGGAGCAUCCGGAGGUGGACGCUUUGAUCAACAACGCCGGUGUGCAGAGGCCAUUGGAGAUCACCGAUCUGGACCUGAAGAAGCUCGACCAGGAGAUCGACAUUAACAUCCGAGGUCCCGUCUACCUCGCUGACGCCUUCCUGAAGCACUUUGCCUCCAAGCCCCACGCCGUCAUCUUCAACGUCACCUCCGUGCUAGGCUAUAUUCCCUUCUCCAUUAUCAACCCUUCCUACAAUGGCACCAAGGCCUUCAUGCACUUCUACACCAUGGCUCAACGUACCCAACUCAAGAACACCUCGGUGCGAGUAGUAGAGAUCGCUCCCCCUUCUGUGCAUACUGCUCUGCACCGUGAGCGAGAAGACCCGGAUGAUAACAAUCCAGCCAAGUCGAAGAUGAGCAUCACACCGGAUGACUUUAUGAAGCAGGUGGCAGAGCAGCUCGAAGAGGACAAGGAGACUAUUUCGGCUGGAAUGGGCAAGGAUAUGGUGCAGAAGUGGUAUGAUAACUUUGGAGAGCAGUACAAUGGAGCUGCCGAGGCAUGGGAGGGCAAGAAGAUCUAG